AUGCAAUACAAUAGCAGUGUUUCGGUCGAGUCUUACAUAUAUAUACAAAACAAUACAUCAUUGUUCGCAAACACGACGAACGGCACCGAAAACGCCACCAUUUUCGAUGACCUGACGCUAACGCCGGAGCUUAUAUGCCGUCGAGAGAGUAGUUUGUUAUUUCUGCUUCUAAUGUUGGGCACCGUUUGGUUGGCCGUCUCGCUCUUCAAUUUCAAUAAGACACCGUACUUACAGGCGAGCAAAAGGGAACUAUUAGCUGACUAUGCGCUUCCCUGUGCUGUCCUACUGCUCAGCUUUAUUGGAUCCUUUGUCUUCAGGGACAUACCAGUUGAACACUUCCGAUACAGCGCUCACUUUGAGUUCAGUAGAGCUCGACUGGAAUACCUUCCGUGGACGGCAUUCAUCGCAUGCAUGGGUUUGGGAUUCUCGCUCUCAUUGCUAUUUUUUAUGGACCAAAACAUUUCAGCCGCGAUGGUUAACAACCCGUGCAACAAACUGAAGAAAGGGUGUGCCUAUCAUUUGGAUCUGUUUGUUGUGGGCAUUUUGAACGGCUUUCUAUCGAUGUAUGGCCUGCCGUGGAUGCACGGAGUGUUACCGCACUCACCCCUACACGUCAGGAGUCUGGCCGAUGUGGAGGAGCGCGUAGAUCAGGGACAUGCCGCUUACCCGCCUAAUCAUUACAUAAGACGGUGUCCGCAACGCAAGAUCCAUAUGUUCACACUCUGCCAAAUGAUUCAGUUAGGGCUCAUGUGUUUCUUCGGGUUCAGUCCCUGGCCCUACGUCAAGAUGGUCUUCCCCGUCAUUAUUCUAUUACUACUGCCAUUUAGACAUAAGAUCGUUCCCGUCGUUAUCGAUCAAAAAUAUCUCGAAGCACUCGACGGUGAGAAUCAAUAACAACGGCUAAAAUCAUAACAAUUAUUGAAUUUGUAUAUAAAUAUAAAGGAUGAAGAAGUGGACUAUAUAUUAGAUUAAUUGGAAACCAUUAAAACCACAC